AAAACGCGAUUUUCUUGUGUCUAUAUAUUGUUCUGUUUAUUCGCGGGCUUCUUCGUCUUCGUUUUAGUUGGAUUUAGGUUCAAUUUGACCAAGCUCGCAUUUAUUAGUAAAGUUUUUUAGACUUUUUGGGAGGAUUUACUCUGGAUUUCAUUUAUGGAUGCUAUUAUUAAUUGUGAUCUGGAAAAAUAGUAGUCUUUUUUCUUUCUAGCCUGUUCCGGAAGUUUAGAAAUGGGUAACAUUAUAUUCAUAUCUAAGGUUUCUUGUUCUUGGGGCAUGCCCUGGGGAGGCCAGUAUUGGUUAAGUAGCUGUAAUUUUUAGGAGUUAUGAGAUUAUCCUUUAUAAGCUGUUUCGGUAGCUCUGCCCUCUGUAAUACGAAGCCAUCAGGUUUACUUCACUCUAGCCAGGGAAAUGCAGUCUAAUUAUUUCUCCAGACUUUUUGGUACAGUACGGCAAGGAAUCCAAAGAUCAAUAUCUGGGAAAGAAACUGGUAUCCAGUAUCAGCUAGAUGUUUUGAUUGAUCAGGGGAAACUGCUGCUUGGCCACUCAAGGCUGCUACAUCACUUAUCCUCUGGAACUUUUUCUGACCUACAUGUAUUUAUUAGGCCUGGCUCUGUCGCCGCUGCUCAAGCAAAUAUUCUCCUAGCUAAUCAUAGAAAGAACCUUUCACUUGUUGGAGCAUUUUCUCGUGCAAUUUCAUUACCAUCUGUAUCUGGGCCUUCAUUGCAAGGUUGUCGAUACCGUAUUGAUUGUUUGCUAGCAGAGCCUAAUCAGGUUUCAGGAAUCAACUCUUGUAAGGUAAUUAUGGCUGUUAGCGGGUCCAGGUCAGCUGUUGUCGACAAUUCAAUCAACAAUUUGACAUUCCGACCCGCCCAACCUGUGGCGGCUGCUCAGCGGUCAUUUGGUUCCUACAGCCAGAGUAACUUUGAAAAUUGUAGAAAAGCUACUAUGAGUUUGAAAAAUAAAGAGCAGCCCAAUAAAUUCCUACUCUAUGGAUAUUUCAUAUACAAUAUUUCAAAGAAGAGGAAGGGCAACUAUAAUCCAUUUAUGGGAUUUGACUUUGAGGCAUUCCAUACCUCAUCACCGACAUGUUCUCCUGCUGGCACUGCACCUGAAGUAUGUUUUGACCCUUCUGUGAAGGAAGAACUGCAAUCAAGAUCUGCUGAUUCUUCUGAGCAGAAUAUUCCAAUUGACCGGACACUGAAACUUAACUCAGCAUCAUGCUAUCUGCCACAUCCUGAAAAAGAAGAAACUGGUGGAGAAGAUGCUCACUUCAUUUGUACGGAUGAGCAAGCGAUAGGUGUAGCUGAUGGUGUGGGUGGAUGGGCUGAUCUUGGCGUGGAUGCUGGGCAGUAUGCACGUGAACUUAUGUCCAAUUCAGUUAAUGCAAUUCAAGAAGAGCCAAGGGGUUCUGUUGACCCAGCUCGAGUUCUAGAGAAAGCUUAUGUUCGCACAAAAUCAAAAGGAUCAUCAACUGCAUGUAUUAUUGCCCUUACUGAUCGGGGUCUCCAUGCCAUUAAUUUAGGGGAUAGUGGAUUUAUGGUUGUUAGAGAUGGAUGUACAGUUUUCAGAUCUCCUGUUCAACAGCAUGAUUUCAACUUCACUUAUCAGUUAGAGAGUGGGAAUUCUGGCGAUUUGCCUAGCUCUGGACAGGUGUUCACGGUACCUGUUGCUCCAGGGGAUGUUAUAAUUGCUGGCACUGAUGGGCUCUUUGACAAUUUGUAUAACAAUGAUAUUACUGCUGUUGUUGUUCAUGCGAUGCGAGCUGGUUUAGGACCUCAGGUGGCAGCACAAAAGGUUGCCGCAUUGGCACGGCAAAGAGCUCAAGACAGAAACAGGCAGACUCCUUUUUCCACAGCAGCACAAGAAGCAGGUUUCCGUUAUUAUGGUGGGAAGCUUGAUGAUAUCACUGUAGUUGUUUCCUAUAUUACAAGGGACCACAAUGAAAACAUAUAACAGCCAACAAUCCUAACUAGAAUAGAUGCUUGACGUCCAUCAUGAGCGAUGCAAAUUCUGUGGGACACUGCUCUGCCAAUCUGCACCCGCGUACGAUGACUUAUGGAAAAUUCAAUCUUGUACAUAUAUUUUUUGUUGUUGCACAGUUACUACGAACAUGCUUUAAAAUGUCUGCAUAGUGAAACAGUGAGAAAAAACAGCUAGUACUAUAUGCAAUUUUGUUGUAUUGUUGUGUUUCGGAAUUGCGGUUGAUGUAAUAUGCUGUGCCAUGGUUUGUAA